AUGAGGCCACCUUCGGACUAUGAGGGAGGAGCAAGGAUGCCAGCUGAAGCUGAGGAAAUGGAUGCGCGAGCGCCGGCUAUGAUGAUAUGUGCUAAGCUGGCUGGACAUGCGGUCAUCAGGGUAGUAGGAAGGUGCGAGGAUGCCCAGGAAAAUAGUCAACUCGACUUAUCUGAAUGUCAACUGAUGCAAGUACCUGAUGCCGUAUAUCACCUCAUGCGACACACCGAGCUCAAGAGCUGUGAUCUCAGCGGAAAUGUCAUUACUAAGAUACCUCCUAAGUUUGCUGUUAAAUUUAGCUUAAUUACAGAUCUAAACCUAUCAAACAACCAAAUGGCGAAGUUGCCGGAUGAGCUGUGCACCCUGGCGUGCCUGCAGCGACUUGACAUAUCCCAUAACACAUUUGUCGCACUCCCACACAUUGCCUGCCAAUGUCCAAGUCUACAUACACUUUUGGCCCAUCACAACCAAAUUAUUGAGGUGGAUGUAGACCGAUUAGCAAGAUCGCGUGCCCUUGAAUAUGUGGACCUCAGUGACAACCCAAUCCCUCCACGGAUGCACACAGAACUGAAACAACUUUCCCGGCCAUCAGUCUCUGUUUCGGAAAGAGAAAAAGAAGAUUGGGAAGAAGAUCUCUGUUUAUAA